AUGGAUUUGAAAUUAAUUAAAAUAUGGAUUUUAUCAUUUUUCAUGGCACUUGGUUUAAUGCAUCAUUCGAGAACACGAAAGAUAUGUCAUAUCAUUUUCUUAUUAUUUUUAUAUAAUUUAAUUGUUUUAUGUGUCUGGACUUUAUAUGAAAGACGUUCAUUGUUUCAAACAUUUAUAAAUCUACAUAAGAUUCAAAAAGAUGAUAAACUUAUUCUUAAACCAUGGACACCAAAAUGGAAAGAAGAAUUUGAAAAAGAAAAAUCUCGUUUAAAUGAAAUAACUCUAUCAAAAUGGAAACAUAUUUUUCAUAAAGAACUUUCACCAGAUGGUAUUGUUCAUAUUGGUUCAACUUCGAUCGAAAAAAUUGCAUUAGCUAAACCAAUGCAUGAUGUAGCAAUUGCAGUUGCAACAAAAUAUCUUCCUGAAACUUUUUGUGAAGAAUGUUGGAGCUGCUCCACAUUCGAUAUCCUGUCAAGAUCAUUGGUUUUUUAA